UACCGCGGGGAGCGCGUCGCGCAGCCCGGGCGACGGUGAUUGGCGGAGACUACGAUCCGUCACAAAGCGCAUCUUGCGGAUUGGCUCUUCCUACCGUGGGAGGCGGGGCUGGGGAGGCAGCAUGGAUGGCGGCGGGCCGUGGAGGCCUCCACGAGCCUGCGAUGAUUACUGGACUGAAUGGAAACACUGCAAGAGUAUCCGGAACCUCUUUCAUCACUACUAUACCUACGGGAAGGCCCCUUCCUGCGGGCAGUGGAAGACGGACUACAGGAACUGCCGAGAGUGGGAGAAAACAAAAAGUGCGGUGGCUAAGGAUUCCCUUUGUCAGAGUGAGAGAGAGCGAGUGAAAGAGAAACAGAAGCAUAUACCGGUGUGGAAUCUGAGGAAAAAUCCUCCAACAGACUGGUACCUGCCCCUUUCUGAGGACAAACCCAAGUGAGGUCCUGGAAUACAGCCUGUGAGACAUGCACAAUACCUCAAGAUGGGCUCCCAAAACUGUUAACUAGAAAAGACCCCAGCCGUAAUUCUAAACUCCCAGGAAUCAUAUACCUCAACAUGGUUGUGUCUGAUUUUUUCUUAAAUAUAAAUUAAUCUGCCCUGAA